GUGUAUUUUAAAUUGCAUUUGUGCGUAAGAGCUGCAACAAUAAUCGGACUAUCGGAAUACAACCGUGCUUAUUCGAUGAUUGUUGGCAACUUGCGAUAUAUAAUUGUGCACACUAACGAAACAAAAUACAAUCGGUUCGACUGCGCGCAAUUUAAACUUGAAAUACAUAAAACAAUUGGCUAAACUAUACGCUUAGAUAAGCACCACAAAUAUAUAGAUGCACUUAAGGAAAUUUGUAUUGCAAUUGAAUUGAAUUGUCUGUUCAUUGUGGCGACAAAUAUGGCGCGUACCGUCUAUGAAGUACAACGGGACUUUGCGAUGAGCAGCGGCAUACGUUCAGAAAUAAUUUGGGACUCGCUAGCGCACGACCAGGCGGACGUCCUUAAACAAAAGUUGUCAAAUCUGCUUCAUGAUCAGAUGGGCCUAACCCCCAAGGCGCUGGCCACCCAACGGCAACAGUUAUUCGAAAAUGUGUGGAAGCAGCGCAUUUAUACAAAUCGAACUCUGCUGUCGGCCAUUAUCUAUGUGCUGGUAACCCCGGAAUCGGAUCCCGCCUUGGCCUUGCAAUCCACUGAUUUCAGCUGCCAUCCAGUCAUACGAACGCGUAAAUGUGUGCGAGCGGAUGGCAGUAACAGUGACGGUUGCUGCAUGAUUUUCAUCGAUGAGACUGGUCGCGUCUAUGCCAAUUGGGAGAAGUAUAUACGCAACAAUGCGCUGCCCAAGGGCACAAUGAUAGCACCAGAACGGGGCAUCUAUACGUUCAACUCUGACGACGACUACGAAACAGUGAAAUUGAUGGUGCAAUCGACGCCCGCUGCCUGGGUAAAGCAAAAGGUUCUAGAUGUCAGCGAUAAGCUGGUCUCAAUUGGUGGCAUCCUGGGCACUGUGCCCAUAGCAGCUUCCCUGGCAUGCCCUGUGGCCGCUCCUAUACUGAUGGCAGCCACUGUGGUCGGCUGCUCCGCAGCGGCCUAUACCACAGUGCGUUCGGCCACACGACUCAUCGAUCGCAGCUGGCACAGCCAGAGUACAUCUCUGGCCAACAGUGAGGCAAGGAGCAGCUGGCUUGGCGUAGCUGGCGGCGUUGCUGGGCUAGGGGCAACGGGCGCAACCACAGCAGUUAACGUUAUACGCAAUAACACGGGCACUGCUGCUCGGUUGGCUGUCACGGGCAUUAAUUUAUCAUCCAUGGUCAUCUCUGGCACGGGUGUUGUCAACAGCGUCUAUGAUCUGUACUUAAAGAUUAGCGAUGAACAGCAGCUGACUAGCUUUGAUGUCAUGCAAAUUGCCUCCAGCUUUCUAAUCUUCACGCACUCCAUCAACAAUAUGCGCAUCGCUUCCAAAGCGACCAAUGGCUACCGCCUGCGACAUGCCCUCAGCACGCAGAGCCGCAAAGUGUUUGAUCGCAUUGUCCGGGAAUCGACGAAGCUGCACAGCAAUCAAACCGAUGGCAAGUUCGAUAUUGUUCGCAUCAUGAAUGACAUACCCUACAAGGAGGCGUUGCUCAGCCUCCACAAGGUCCAUUCGCAUUUAUCAAGUGGCUCCGCAGUGUCGAGCGUUAAGUCUGCUGUUGGUGACCUGCCCCAGUUCGUUCGCCACAAAGUGGGCGGCCAGUUGCGUGUGAACAUAGAUCAGCUGGCCAGCCAGCUGGGCGUCAAGUUUGUCCAGCAGAUCGGCAAUCUGGCCAGCUUCAACGAUGUGCUUGACGGUCUCCUCCGCUACUACAGCAACCAGGCCGCCCAGUUGCUGAUGCAGCUCACUCGCAACUUUAUCGAGCAGCAAGCGGAUAGCAUCGAUCGUAACUUAAACACGUUCGUCUCCACGGAGCUGGUGCUCUAUCGCAUACUGAACCACUGCGUCCAGAACUACGAGAGCUGCGCUGUCGACUUUCUCGAGCGUCGCCGCUUUGAGAUUAUCGAUGUCAUUUCCAAAUACUUCCAAUCGCUGCUACCACAGCCUGAGCAUAAUUCCAGACGCCGCAAAUGUGCCACUUGCCACGGCGUCUACUAUAUGUGCUCCCUAUAGAAUAGGCUUUAGUAUAAGUUCCUAGUAUACUUACUUAUUAAGUACUUUGUGAUGUGAUCUCUGAUUUGAUCAGCCAAAUAUGUGAUUCU